CGGCCAAAAAAACGCGGCAAAACCAACUGCUCCGACGGCGGGGGCAAAACCAGAGGGUACAAUAGAGGCAUCUGCCACGCCCUAUACGAGACUGACCACGGGAUAAGAAUCAUCGACUACAACACUAAUUGCAAGAUGAGAGGAUACCCGGAUGGGAACUGCAGGGGUAAUGUGGUUACGGCUUUUAGUACGAGGCAGUGCCACUCGUUAAAGGGAGUUUGGUCUAUUCGGGUCGAAUGCACUUGA